CGCACAUUGCGUGGGGGGGCGGGGCUUCAACGGCCGUUUCAGCAUGGCCGCCGGCACUGCUGCAGCUUUAGCGUUCCUGAGUCAAGAAGGCCGUUCCCGCGCCGGGGGCGUCGGGGGCCUGCGGAUUCCCGGGCCGGUCACUAUGGACAGUUUCUUCUUUGGUUGUGAGCUCUCCGGCCACACCCGUUCCUUCACCUUCAAGGUUGAGGAAGAGGAUGAUACAGAACACAUGCUGGCGUUGAACAUGCUGUGCCUUACUGAGGGGGCCAAGGACGAGUGUAAUGUGGUGGAAGUUGUGGCCCGGAAUCAUGACAACCAGGAGAUUGCAGUUCCUGUGGCCAACCUAAGGUUGUCUUGCCAGCCCAUGCUCUGUCUGGAUGAUUUCCAGCUCCAGCCACCUGUAACCUUCCGCCUGAAGUCUGGUUCUGGUCCUGUGUGCAUCACUGGUCGACAUCAGAUUGUUAGUAUAAGCAAUGAUUUUUCUGAAGAAGAGGAGAGUGAGGAAGAGGAAAGUGAAGAGGAAGUUAAGUUGUGCCCCAUCCUUCCUGCCAAAAAGCAUGGGGGAAGGCGCUAGCUCUUUUUGGUCAGAUCGCUGCCUGCUACAGGCGCCUUGCACCAUAUGUCCUGGACAAGUUUCAAGAAUUGUAAAUGUUUUUCUCCGUUGAAGAGGAGAGUUUGGGAAAGGGAUGGCGGGAGGGACUUGGGCCUGUGCUAGGAGAGAAGAGGGCAUUCUCUAUUGGGGCCUGGUGUUGUGGUCCAUCCUACAUACCCUGCCUGAGGCUGCCCUCUAUAUAGGGAUGGAUGACCCUGAACAUCAUUCCCCAUCUGCCCAGAUUGAAAUUUGUGAACCCCUAGGUUCAGUUCUUAGCACUGCGCACACAAAAAAGUAUCUGAAGUUCAGAACAACACAUUUUUAACACUUUUUACAUUUUUUUAGAUAAAAGUUUAAAUAAAGUGGUGUGUUUUUGUU